UUCUUGCUUAUAUGCUCAGCCAAAAUUCCAUAACUUCUUCGUUUCCUCAAAGAGAGAAAUAUGGUACCCUCAGAGUUAGAACAAACAGAAGGAAGCAAACUCUCUAGCCAAAGCGCUACUCCUAAUGAAGAUGGAAAAACGACUAUGGAUCACAAGGGAGGAGGAUGGACAACUUUCCCCUUUAUUAUAGGAAGUAUGACAGGGCUUUCCCUAGUAGCCGGUGGAUGGGGAGCAAAUUUGAUAGUAUUUCUGAUAAAUGAAUUCCAUGUGAAGAGCAUCACUGCAACUCAGAUCAAUAAUGUUAUACUUGGCUGCAACAGUCUCUUUCCCAUUGCCGGAGCCAUAGUUGCGGACACCUUCUUCGACUCUUACACAGUCAUCAUCACAUUUGCCUUUGUCUCCUUGUUGGGUAUGAUAUUGUUAACCCUAACAACCACAAUCAAUUCCUUGAAGCCUUCGCUAUGUGCAAUGGGUGCAUCCAAAUGUCCUACUCCAUCAAAGCUUCAGUUCGCAGUCCUUUACAUAGCUUUAGCACUAGCUUCACUUGGUGUCGGGGGCACACGUUUUACAAUUGCAACCAUGGGAGCUGAUCAAUUUGACGAUGCCAAAGAUCAAGGGAUAUUUUUCAAUUGGUACUUUUUGGCAUUAUACAUUGCCAAUUGUGUUAGCUUAACAGCUCUCAUCUACAUUCAAGACAAUGUGAGUUGGGGUUUAGCAUUUGGGAUUUGCACCGUCCUGAAUGCUAUUGCUUUGAGAUGA